GCAUUCCAGUUUUAACCGAAGACCGGUUAGCUACGAGCGAGGAUUUAUCAUCCCGCCGUAAUUUGAAAUUCACGCGUGUUUAUUUUUCGAAAAUAAUAACAUUAAAUUAUAUAUAGAAUUAAAUCUGAAUGGUAGAUAAAAUGUAUUUUACCUUCGUUUUUUUAAUUUUUACGCGUUUUUUGAGUGCUGUAAUUUGUGGAAGUUGCCAUGAAGCAAAACUGUGUUGUACAGGGAGAGAUUCUUCCUGUGUGGUACAAAAAGCUCCUGUUAAUGCAAUUAUAGAAGACCUUAACGAUAAGCCGUGUUAUUGUGAUCACGCCUGUUUGAAAUUGGGAGAUUGCUGUUCAGAUUUCAAAGAUGCUUGCGGAGUAGUGGACUGUCAAGUGUCGGGUUGGGGCCCAUGGACAAACUGUGACACAGAUUGUGGUCCCGGUACCAUGUCAAGAACUAGGUCGAUAAAAGUACGUCCUGAAAAUGGCGGAAAGCAUUGUCCCAGCUUAGAACAGAAACGAGGUUGUCAAGUUUCUAAUUGUCAUCAUCAUCCUGAUCCAGCUAUUAAAGAAAUUGCAAUGCUACUACCUGGCUCUUUAUCGCAUAGCCGAUCCAUGGAAAAUAGUAGUGACAUAAGAAAAAAUCUGCGUGUUCGAGAUCCAUCUGAAAAUCCUCAAUAUGACCCAGAAAAAACGUACUGUGUGGAAUUCGAAAUAAUCAAAGCUUCCAAAGCAUGCCGAAAAGAAGAAGACUAUAAGGCACUUAAAGAAGGUGAUAAAGUCUGCGUUCGCUGCGAAUCGGAAGCUCUACAUGAAGAACUCAAUUGGAGAUGCCAUGGUCAUGGAACUGAAGGUCAUGUUACCAGAUGGUCGGCUCUUUCUGCUCCACAUUGUCAUGGAAAAUGGCUAAGAACACGUUCAGAUCCGGACAGAAAUUGUUCUGUAAGAACAUGCUCGAAUGGUGCUGCAUUCAUAUUUGUCUAAGCAUAAAUUGAUAGAUCCUACUUUUUUCCAUAACUCGUGAGUUUUUUUGAAAACCUAAUCAAUUAAAAAGCAGUAAUGUUUUGGAGAGGAGUUUAUAUCAAUUAAUUCAUGUAUUAGAUGGAUGCACGUAUGUAAAUCAGAUAGCUCAUCUUAACUAAACCAUUUUCAUAAAAAAUAUUGUCGAAAAAUUAUAUUUACUCAUAAAACUAUUGGAAAUUGUUAAUCCUAUCAAUUUUGAUUUUUUUUUUCAUUUAAAUAUGUAAAAUAAGAAUGAAAAUCGAGUUUUUGAAGCAAAUUUAUUUAAUUACGUUUAUAAUAAAACUUACUGACAAAAUUUUAUAACCUAACUUCCACAUAACUCGUAGUAAUAGUUUUCAUAAAUCAAAUUGGCAACCCCUCAUUAUUAAAUCCUGUGAUAUAGACAAAAUAAUACGAGCAUUACCCAGCAAAUGAUAAAUAUAUAAAGUCAAAAUCUAAUUAUCAUCAUACAAACUAUUUCUUAAAAUAAUUUUUAGAGAUAACCAGUCUUAUCAACUAUUUCAAUCAUAUUUACCGGUUCUAGAAAAUGUCAAACAUUUCUUUUUUGCCGAUAUUUGAUUUAUUAUUUCACUUUAAAAGCUAUUCUAAUUUAUAUUUCGUUACUUUUACCACAAAAUUCAAAAAUGUCGUUGAAAGUUUUAUAUUUUUUGCAUCUUUGUUUUAGUAAUAGUCUUUGAAUGGCGAUGUCUCUGAAUUGAUACUUCAACCAUAUAUGUAAUAUUUCUAUAUGAACAGUUUAAACGGGAAGGAAUGUCCCACUAUUAAGGUCCGACAAUAUAUUAUUUUCUCUCUCGUUCCAGAUAUCUCGUAAAGGUUGCGCAUGCUUGAGAAUGCGCAGAACCGAGCUGGAGCCUCGGAGGAUAGAGAAAUAGUUGUCAUUCUGUCUUCCUUAGUCGGAACAGCUUCCACUUACAGGAAGUGUCCAUGUAGAAGUAUUAUAUAUAUAUGACUUCAACAAAACCCAAAAAAACAUUCUUUGAUCAUAACUAUCAAAAUCUAUCAAUAGUCGCAUUCAGCGGACGUAGCUUUAAUCGCAGCUUGUAAGGAGUAAUCGGGAAAGUGUUGAUCGUUCGCAGGCAAGCCGUUUUUGAUUUAUAUAUAUUGUUAGUUUAUUGUAGUGUAUUGUUUACAUAGAGGCUAUAUUGGUUGUUUUUUGUUUAGUGUAUUUAAACGAAACUUUUUUUAUUAAGCUUAACGAGUGUUUAUCACGCGGUGGUACUUCAUCUAGUUUUUUUGUUAUAAAUUACGAUGUGUAUUCAGCAUUCACUCACUUUUGUAUGUAUAUAAUUCAAAGUUAAAUUAUACGAUUAAUUCAUGGAGCUCCAAUUCUGUAUCGUCAUCCUCUUGACCGAAUUCAAUCAUUUUCUUCUGAGAAGGCUACAGCCUUACAUUUGAUCACAGAACACAGUUGAUUCAACAAAUUUCUGGUCUUGUUCUGUUUUAGUUUUUGUUCACUUCUCUCACGUUUCAGUUCCGCUACCGUUACCUAGCACAAAUUGAGAGCACUCCGAUUUAUGGCGUCCGCUCCAGAACGUGUUGAGUUUGUAGCGUAUGCGACAGCCAACGAUUUGACUAUUGUCUAUUUCAGAAAGGUGUAGAAUAAUAAAAUGGGGAAUUCCGUCCAUUUCGGCUCAAUUUCUGUGUCGGCCAUAGGUGUAGGUCUUGGAAUAGUUUGUAAUAUUAAAAUUUCAACUAAUUGCGUAAGAGAAUUAGGAAAAGUAUGUUUUCUGGCCUGAAGUGUCGAUAUGGAAAUAUUGUGUAGGGGUUACUUAGGUAGUAGAUUUUACAGUUACGUUUUGCAUUUAACAGGUACCUUUUAACCUUCUAUUAGUGCUUCUACUUAAUUCCAACCCUAUUUGAGAUUCGGCUUUCCUUUUUACGAGUAUCCUAUCAGCACGCUUUUGCAGUAUUUGUGGAUGGAUAACAAUAGGCUAAACCCAUAUAUUGACCCCAACCCGCGUGGUACUACCUGGAUUUGAUAAAAUGAAAGAAUUUUACAAUGAAAUCAAUGCCAUACAACAAUUGUACAACGGUUUCGUCCGCUGAAUGCUACCAAUGUAAACAGAUCUCAAAAAUUAACACAUAACUCUCCCAAAAUUAGGUAGUCAAACAUUGACUGAUUUUUUCUACUUUUUUUAAUGCUUCUCUUGAAAUGUAAACGGUAUGAAUGUUUUAUUAUUACUAAAUAUUAUGUUCGGUUUUAAACUGAGUUAUGAUAACAUCAUCAACUCGAAUAGAAAUAGUAAUUUUUAAAUACGUUGUGCCAUAAUAACUUUUUGUAUACGCGUUUUAUGCUGGUCUAUAAAUUCAUGAAUAUAUCGUAUCUAUCAGGAUCACAGUCGCCAAAUGAAAAGCGCCUUCAGAAUAUAAAUUUGUGUUCGAAGUAUUAUAUGACAUUGUAUCCUUAGUUAUGACCAAUAACACUCUUACCGUCUUGUCUAAAGUCAACCACACUCGUUCAGUUCAUUUUUCUGCGAACUGUACAGUUUAACCACUACAGAUGUGGAUGUUUUAGUCUCAGUUCAACUCAAUGCAUAGUUAAACUGAAAUAAAUAAAAUUUUUUCAACUAAUCGCCAUUUAUUUGGAGGUUCAACUGUACAGCUGCCAAUUCGAUUCAAGCUAAGAGUUAAUGAAUUGCAGAAAUUUACUGAUUUUGUACUCAACUUUUACUCAAUAAAUGAUGUCUGAAGAUUCGGUUUAUCAUAGAAUCUACAUUCAAGCUAUUUGGAAGUUUGAUUUUUUUGUUAAAUUACGAAAAUAAACAAAAAGCAGUGAAAUCAUCUUUCUUCAUCUAAUCUAGUGUUUCCCAACGUGGGGCCUACGCUCCAUAGAGGGUAAUUUGAUUGUUAAGAGGGGCAAUUUGAAAAUUGAGACGACAGUCGCUUGGGGUCAUUUAAUUAGGUAUUUUUUAGUUUACUUUUACACUAAUUUUAGUUUAAAUUUAGUUUUUAAUCAAAUGAUUUGUUUCAGACCAUGAUAAAAUGAUUGAAACAAGCAAGAAAAAAACUCGUUAAUAUUCGGAUUGAUAUUUAAAAUUUAGGUUCAUACUAUCAAUGAUGAGUGGAUUCUUUUUUGACUUUUAUGCCAACGAUGCUUGACCAAAGAAUCAAUGAUCCAAGGUCGUCUUGAAUUGCAUUUGAAGAUGAAACACGUGCUCAUAUUAUUUUUGAUUUGAAAUAUUUUGAAACUUUAACCAGAAAUAUUUUUAGAAGGGAGCAACAUUAAAGUGUCUAUUUACUGUUCAUACUUCAACUAAUGAUCGUGUUCUUGAAGAUAGUUAUCAAAUUGCUUGAUUCAUACCUAAAACUAGAAAAAAUCAUACAAUAUGAAAAAAUAUAUCAGCAUUUCUUAAAACAGUUUUGAAAAUAUGUAAAAGCUAUGCUACUCAGUAACAAUACUUGGCAGAAGAAUAGACAAAAUUAGUGAGAAUAUUGGAAAACAACUUGUUGAAAAGCUUAAAACAAAAAAGUUAUAUUAAUAAAAGACAUUUUGCUGAAGAAAUGAUCUAUCUACAAAGAUGUAUAUAAACUAAAAACUAAUAUGAUGGGAAAUUAAAAUGGCUGAUUAAAAUUGAUAAAAGAUGCCAUUCCAUAAAUUAUUCUUGUGCAUUGUGUUAUAAAUAAAGAUAACUUGGUAGUCCCAAACAUCUCGCCUGUUCUAAAUGAAAUGCCAAAUUCAAUAAUAAAGUGUGUUAAUGCUAUUGAAGCUAAUGCCAAAUGUGAGCUUCUCUUUAAACCUUUUCUUUAAGUAAUAAUUGAAGGCAAUGCAAGACUUUUACUUCAUACCGAAAUAAGAUUAUUAUGGAUUUGUUUGAUACUCUUGUAAUUUUUCAAGCGACAAACUUGAAAUUAAUUACCUGUUAAUAAUCGAUGGUGAAGAGUUUGAGAGCUAUUUAGCCGAUAUAUUUGAAAAACUAAAUAUAUUAAAUUAAGGAACAAAUAAAACUCUUGUCGAUGAAAAAGCGAAGAUAUUUGGCUUUAUUAUCUUUAUCUUGGCUUCAAAAAUGUGAAGUGAUUGAAUACUUCAUCUGCUGAUUUAAAAGAAAGAUUUUCCCAUCUAAAAAUAUUUGAUGCAAACAGGCAAUGUUAGUUGAUUUGUUUGAUAUAUCAAAUAUGCAAAAUGAUUAGUCAGAUAAAACUUUAUUCAAUUUAAAAGGAGGGAUGGUAUGGCUUUGUAAGGAAACGGAAAACAAAUACCAAAUUUCAACAAAAUGUACAAUAAAGCUAUUGCUACAUAUUUCAUCUUCAAAUUUAGCUGAAUGUGGAUUUAGUCUUGCGAAUAAUUUUCUGGUGAAAAAAGAAAGAUAACACAUCGUGGCUUAAGAUUGAAGCUAACCAAAUUGGAAUUUAAAUCUCUAUGCAUCAAGCAUAAGGAUCUCAGUGAAUUAAAAUAAUAAAUUCAUAUAGAAAAAUUUCUACUAGAAUUAAUUGGAAUAUAAAUUCCAGUUUCCCAUUAUAUGUUUUGAAAAUUUACUUACUACUUACUGUGCUUCGUUAACAAUCACCUAGUGAUUUCUUCCUAAAACCUAUAAUUUAAUGAACAAUUAAAUUUGUAUGUUACAUAGAGGGAGGGAGUAUUAGAAUUUUAGAAAGGCCAAAAUGGGGCAUAGCACAAAAAACGUUGGGAAACACUGCUCUAAUCCGUUGUAAACUUUGAAGGUUUGAACUGUCUUAUCUAAUGCUGGUCAAAAACGAUCAAUUUGGCCACUAUGUGAGUGGUUAUUCAGUCUGCACAGUUAAACUGAGACGAAUGCAAUUUGAAUUUUUUCAACUAAAUGUGUAUUUGGAAGUCCAACUGUACAUAUCUCAGUUCAAUUUGAGUCAGUAUUCAAUGAAUUGCAGAAAUCUCUACUCAACUCUUUUAAUAAAUGAUCUUUGAAAAUUGACUUUAUCUCUGAUUCCACGUUUACGCUUUUUUCGAUGAUAUACGGUUUUGUAAAAUUACCCAAAAUAAACCAAGAGAAGGUUUGAAUUGUACGUGUAUCUGCUUCGACUGAACAGUUCAAAUUCUAAAGCGCGCUCUCGCGAAGCAAAUUUUGUUGAUCCAUUCAAAAUAUUUUUUGACGCUUGUAAAAGCAUUCAAAUGGUACGCGCUAAUAGUCACAAAAUCUAAAAAUAUUACAAGGUUUAUUUUAAAGUAAUUGUUAUAUUUAUUGUUAAUCGAUUGUCUUGGAUAAAAUCAAUUUCCAUAUAAAUACAAUAACUUGCUUAUCAAUAAUGAAUAUACGUUGUGAACUCGAAGUGGGUCAAUUCGAAUUAAACCAAUAUAUAAAAUUCGACCCUUAAGAAAAGGUACACAUGUUUGAAAACUUCCAUAGAUAACCUUUAUAUCAUUAGCCCUUCUAAAUAGUCUAAUUAUGAGUGCGUGAGCAACAGUUUGGUAACAUAAAGGGUUUUCGGAAGCUAAGAUCAUGAACUGAAUGUUCGAAAAGUGAUUUUAAUCCCAUUUACUAUCGUUUGGAAAGUGAAAGAAGUAAUCGGGUCAUAUCAUAUGAUAGCAUUCUCUCUCCUUUAGUAUAUCGCAGGUAAAUGCGAUCAGCUCACGGGUUAUUUCAUUUGUUUUUGUUUUUUCGACCCUUAAAAGUUGUUAAUCAUCCGUUUUUUUUUUCACUAAUUCUUCAAAGCAGCGUAAUUGAUAAGUUAUUAAGGCUCACGAUUUUGUACUUUUUUAGGUUAUCGACAUAAAACCAGUAUAUUGGUAAAAAAAUGUUGUAGAAUAGAUAUAAAUAAUUAUUUAUUAUACAGGUACUAGAUUUUAGCUUCAGGUUGUAUUGUAUCAUUCCGCUACGCGAAAGAGAACAAAAAACCAAAAGCUAAAAUAUUUUUCCUGUGUAUAAUACAUAAUUUUAUCUUUAACGGGCAAAACUAUGAUUUAAUAUGGAGAAAUUAUUUUAUUACAACAUUCAAGUCAAAAAAUUAUCGAUGUGAAAUUUGAAUUUUGAAAUUAGUUUCUAGUCAAGUUGUAUUUAUGGCAACAUUUAAGAAUACGUUGUUAAGGAAACUUUUUAAGUAAUCAAAUAGCUGUCAAUUUGAUUUUUUAUAUGAUUAGAAAAUUGUGCCUUUGUUGGUUGCUUAGAAGUUAUUUCCAAUACUAUAAAGCAAAAAAUGUUACACAACAACAAAAGCCAUCAACAGUGCGGUCGAAUUAUUCAAUGAUUAAAAAUCUUUCAAUAUAUUGAAGAGAUUUCAAAAUAUUUCAAACUAAUUACCAUAUGUGGACAGUUUCUAUAAUUGGAAGGUGUUCCGACUAAGUUAAACAAAUAGUGUAUCGUUUUCUCUCUCCUCCGGGCGCUUCAGUUAGCUCUGUGCAUCUUUUGCGCGCAUGAAGCAUGCGCAGUAUAAAUAAAAUGUCUCGAACGAGAGAGAAAAUGUACAUAGCCCUUUGUCCAGCAGCAGCAAAGGAUCGCCGCCUGUUUUAUACAUAUCACAAUGAAAAUUGUAUCAAUCAGGUUGUAGGUGAAAACCAGUUUAAUAAGGUUCCUAAAACAAGGGCUAAUUUUCUGGGGACACACUAAAUGACUCAUCAACGGUCGCUUAAAGGCAUAUUGAUGAAUCGGUAGCACACAGGACGAAAAUAGCUAAUAAAGUGUUUAUGACGUCGCGACGUGGGUUAGUGCUGAAAUAACAGAGGAUUUGCGACCAAGAAUAGUUUAAGGAACGUGUCAUUCAUGCAAUGCACAUUUAAUAAUUGUACUUUUGAUAUAAAUGAGUUAUAACUUUAUUAUCUAUAUAAUAAAAUAUUAUGAAAUUAAAUCUCUACCUUUUCUCAAAUUUAUUUCCAAUAUAGGGGAAAAAAGUACUUAUUUUUUUUCGGGGAAAAAACCCUUCCUUCCUCCCUUCCUGAGUAAGAUUAUAGAGUUAAAGAGUUCAUAUUAAAGGUAGGGAGAGCAGAAAAGAGAGGAAGAGUAUCGGUUUACUAAUCUCUACUCGCUAUUAAAAUCAAAACUUUUGAUUCCCUACCUUUGCCAUUGUCCCUACUUGAAACUUCGAAGGCAUGGCGAUCCAAUCAGAAUUGUGUAGUGUGGUAUACUGAUGUUCUGUUUCUCUCUAUCACCAGUACAGCCCAAUUCUAUAAGCGCCCUUACCUCGCAUUAUCUAUCUUUAAUAUUAACUCUAUAGUUAGUAUUUGUCCACAAUUAGCUGAUAGGUUAUCUACCUGAUCUCGUAUUACAUUUAAAAGUACGAAAGACAUUCCAAUCAAUUCACUGCUCAUAUACAUGUAGAAAUUUUAGCUAUUUUUAUAUCUAUAUUCCGGGAUUUAUCGCCAUGGAGACAGCAUUGGUGAGAUAUGUGGUUGAAACUCUUAUAGAAUAGAUUUUAUAAAGUUUAGUUUCAUUUUUGUUUACGUUGUACGAUAUAUUACUUCUAGAUUUGAUCAGCAUAAAACGUAAUGAUGUUUUUCUUAUAUAUGUAUGCAGAAAUACUAACAGUAGUUUGAAUGUUAGAGAAUAAUUUAAUUAAGGACGUUAAAUCUUUGUAAACCUAGUGAGCAAUAUUUCUUUGAAAUAAUGUAUAUAAUUAACACAUUAAGUAAGAUUAAUCCUUUUUGUAGCGAUAUAUAACCUAUUUUUGUCAAACAUAUCAAAUAAAAAUCAAAUGGUUUGUCGAGUUCGAACAAAAUAAAGAUUGAAUAAUUGUA